GGGCCGGCAGUCGCGCGGCCUCGCCGCCAGGGCCUCGACUGGGCCCUCGUGCGCCGAGCGGCUGUGCUCGCCUUCCGGCCUCGCCUGAUGACGUUCGGGGCGCGGGCCGGAGGCCGGAAGGACGGGCCCACUUGGGAGGGGUGUUCCGCUUUCUCGCGUCCCGCGGAGCCUGUCGGGCCGUAAGGUUCCCGAGCAGGGCGAUGACAGAGUACAAGCUGGUGGUGGUGGGAGCUGGUGGCGUUGGCAAAAGCGCCCUGACCAUUCAGCUCAUCCAGAACCACUUUGUGGACGAGUACGACCCGACCAUAGAGGAUUCAUAUCGGAAGCAGGUAGUUAUUGAUGGUGAGACCUGUUUGCUAGACAUUCUGGAUACUGCAGGGCAGGAGGAGUACAGCGCUAUGCGAGACCAGUACAUGAGAACUGGUGAAGGCUUCCUCUGUGUCUUUGCCAUUAAUAACAGCAAAUCAUUUGCUGAUAUCAAUCUCUACAGAGAGCAGAUUAAGAGAGUGAAAGAUUCAGAUGAUGUGCCAAUGGUGCUAGUGGGAAACAAGUGUGACUUGCCCACAAGGACAGUGGAUACAAAACAGGCUCAAGAACUAGCCAAGAGCUAUGGGAUACCCUUCAUUGAGACGUCAGCCAAAACAAGACAGGGUGUUGAAGAUGCUUUUUACACAUUGGUGAGAGAGAUCCGCCAAUACCGGAUGAAAAAGCUCAACAGCAGUGAAGAUGGGAAUCAAGGCUGCAUGGGAUUGUCAUGCAUUGUGAUGUGAUUAGCCACCAAGAAUACCUGGAUCAGAUGUAGCUGGAGGACGAGUCCUGAUGCCACUCUAAAGCAUCUCAUGAUGAUGCCCUGCCAGUACCCUGGUGCCAGCCAAGCAGUAUAAAGUCCUUUUCUGUGCUCCGUCUGAAGAGAACAUCUCUGAACAUCUACCUCCUUGCUUGGCUAACUGAGCAGAGAAAGCCCCAUCUGUUGAUGCACUGGGAUUUCUUUUUUUUUUUUUUUCCUGGGUAGGUUCAAACAGAAAACUGGUCACAAGAAAAGUGAACUUUGAACACCAAAUGCUGUGAAAAAGAUGACAACACUUUUACCUCUAGAGUAGAUGCUAGAAGUGAUGUUUGUUUCCUUUGUAUCAGAUUAAGACCUGCAGGGCUAUCUGAGAAAUGUCACUAAUCACUGACUGGCAGGUAAUGUCAGAAAUGGCUUUGCCACUGUUUCUUAAUACUCUGCUACCUGUUCCAGAUUGGUAUCUGCUCUCUGUGUGCACCACAACGCCUACUCACAGCACACCCAUUGUGUCAUGCCAUUUACUCCGAUCCUCUAUCUUUCUGUAAUAAAAAGGAGAGAUCUUCGUUAA